UAUAAAUUCCUUAAAUACCACUAUUCUGCAUACACUUGCCUCAUUCUUGUAUCGACUCUUAGAUCAUUUCCCCCACCAAAACGAGACAAAAAUGAUUUUAGCCGUUUUAUUUGCCUGUUCGGGCCUCGUAAUGCUAUCAUCAGCAAACCCAGCUCCCGGUCCUAUCGACCAGUUGAUUGUUGGUGGCACUAAGGCGAAAAAGGGUGAAUUUCCAUGGCUCGUUUUAAUCAAGGCGAACGAUCGACAAUACUGCGCCGGAACGAUUAUCAACGAAAACUGGAUUCUCACCGCGGCCCAUUGUUCCAGCCUUUCGGCCGGCGCUUACACCGUCACUGCUGGCGAAUACAUCCAAAGUGCGGAUGACGGGACGGAACAAACUGUCGAAGUGUCAGAUGUCAUUGCCCACGAGGAAUUCGAUGACGUCAGCUACAAGAAUGACAUCGCCCUGUUCAAGUUAGCGUCUCCGUUGACAUUUUCCAGCUGUGUGCAACCCGGUAAGAUUGCCACACAAGGAACUCAGGCUGCCAAGAAGUUGCUCGCUUGCGGGUGGGGUCGGACAAGGUCAGGAGGUCAAGCUAGUGACACCCUGCUCAAGGUCACCGUCCCCCUUCAACCAGACUCCAAAUGCGAGAGGGCUUACCGAAACAAGCCGUACCCAUUUUUAAGGGAAAGUGAGAUUUGUGCUGGAGAAGGUGGCAAGGAUACGUGCCAAGGGGAUUCAGGCGGUCCGUUGCAUCAGGGAGUCAGCUCGAGUGAUAAAACUGUGGUGGGUGUGGUUUCGUACGGCGAGGGAUGCGCGGAUCCGAACUACCCGGGAGUUUAUACAAAAAUUGCAUAUUACCAGGACUGGAUUUCGAGCCAUAUGGAUUAACAAAAUUGAUAAUGUACUGAUAAGAUUUCGGCAAAAAAUGUUUCAGCAAAUAAUAAAUAACAUCAUUGCAAUUAAAUACAUUUCGGAUAGUUUGA